CCAGAAUGCAACGUGUUUACGCAGAUAUUGAUGACGUAGUUCACACCAUGUUCUAAUGUGGUACAGUUUCAUUUACGUUUUCUCCAUUUUCAGUCUUCCUAUCCUACAUAACAUUUUACAAAUAACUGGAUAUUGAAAGAGACACGUCCCUAUUCAUAUUUAGGGCAAAAUGGAGAAAGAUGAUUCACAAGGUGUAACUGAAGACAAAAAUAAGCAAGCGGAAGAAGAUGAUAGACUCGAACAACAAUUGGAUCAAAUCGUAGGACGUUUUCUUCAUCUUUGCUCUAGGCUGAACAGUACGUUCCAUCUGAAAGAGAAGUUUGACAUGCUUCAAGGAUUUGUAUGGGAUCACCCAUUCAUAACACUGAUCUUGACGAUCACCCUAAUGCUGUGCUCCGUACCUUUGAUGAUGUUUGUCUUCUUUGCAGCAGGAACCAUGUUCGCUGUGUUUUUUGGCUUCAUGUUCAUUGAAGGUACUUUGGUGACUAUAGGAAGUAUCAUCUUCAUUGGAGUCCUCAUUGUGUCUGGCUUCAUCUCAUUAGGCUUUGCUGGUGUCAUCAUCCUUGCUUACUUCGGGUGCAACUUCGGCUUCAGAUUUAUCAAUGGUGUGAAGGAAAAAUACUUCGGUAAAGGCAAGGGGCCAGUUAAUGUCUCCUUUGAUAAAGCAAAUGAGACUAUGAAUGGACAUAUGAAGAACUUGGAUGGAUAUCUGGAUAAAAUGGACUAAUUGUGAUGAGAUUAAAUUGAUUUACUUAUGAUUUAAUGUUAUUUAUUUCAUCAACAUUACACUAAUUAUGUCUUCCCAUAUUGUACUAUGAAGUAGUACAUGUUGUAAUGUUUAUACAAACAGUGGAAUUCAGACUGUUUAUCCCAUAUCUGAGUAAGAUUGGAUAAUUGUGAUGGGUCUUGAAUUAGUUUGCUUGUGAUUUGCAUUCAUUUUUUUCAAUAAAGGGACAUUCCUAGCCAGGCAAUAUCUAUCCUGACAUGAUAGAUUUUCCCUGUUUUGCUAAACAUGGAAAGUAUAGUAUAUAUAGGGUUAUAGCUACCAUAUUAGGAGAGAGAUGGUCUGGCAAGGAAUAUCCUUUUAAAUUCUGAUUAAUUAUGUCAUUGUUCUAUGGAAUGAUAUAUGGGACAACAUGCAGCAGUAUCUAUAUGGAAUUGUCAGAAUGACACCUGUUGUCUUGAUAUAGAAUGCCUUUGGUAUAGCACCUGUGGAUUAUGGACCAAGUGGGUGUGAUAGCACCACUAUAAAAAAAAUAUGGGAG